GCGGAUGUCCCCUGGUCCUCGCGACUGCAUCCCAGUUUCCCGCGCUUCGCACCGCAAACAGUUUCGCUUGUGUGCCGUCGCGGAUCGCAAGUGACAGGUUUCGCGGUCGACCGAGGGCUCGUUUCCGGGAGUGAAGUUCGGGUCGCCGGAAGUGCAGUCGCCGGAAGUGAAGCCACCGGAAGUGCGCCCGAAGAUGCGUGAACGAAGUUGAGGUUGAAGUUGGUGCGUUCGAACUGGACUUGUGCUCCGGCGCGAAAAUGUGCAUGUGCUGUAGUUCCUGCUGCGGCAAGUGCUGCCAUUCGGAGCCCAUGAAAAUCCCCAUUGACCUCAAGAACCAGUCGGAUAUUCUCAAGGGGCCAGAUACAGUUCGUGUGUCAAAGUUCUACAAAGAUGCCAAAGACGGAAAAGUCUUGGGGUAUCUAACUGAGGACACCAGGACGCUUUACGACAGUUUCAGAAAAGGAGCAAAAGAAUCAAAUAAUGGUAGAUGUUUAGGAUGGAGAGACCCCAACAGGGGGCACUUUCAGUGGAUUCACUACAACGAGGCCCUACUAAAAGCCCGAAAUUUCGGCUCGGGGCUUGUAGCACUAGGCUUACAGCCAAAUUCUCAAACAUUCUUAGGUUUAUAUUGCACCAACUGCCCUGAGUGGAUCUUAACCGAGCAAGGUGCCUAUAGUUACUCAAUGGUCAUCGUGCCUCUCUACGACACGUUGGGACCAGAUGCCUGUGCAUACAUCAUUAAUCAGGCAGACAUGAGUGUAGUAGUAGUGGAGGAUGAUUCCAAGUGUAACCAACUAUUAGAUAGGGCGCCGCGGUGUUUAAGGAGACUGAUAGUGAUCAAAGACACGAGACCGGCCACAAACCAGCGAGCCAAGAAUCGAGGAAUCGAAGUCCUCAGGUUCGAGGAUGUCGAGAGACUAGGAGCUUCCAAAUCCUAUGCAGAGGUGCCGCCAAAGCCAAACGACCUAUGUACGGUUUGUUACACAUCAGGUACAACGGGCAAUCCGAAAGGAGUGAUGCUAAGCCACGGUAAUAUUGUUGCCGCCAUCAGUGCCGUGCUGCUCCAGCUAGGUGAACACAGGCCACAAUACAAUGACGUCAUGAUCUCUUUCUUACCUUUGGCUCACAUGCUCGAGAGGACAUGUGAGAACGCCAUGUACAUGGUGGGAGGAGCAGUUGGCUUUUUCUCAGGUGACAUUCGAAGCUUGACUGAUGACAUGAAAAUCCUCCAGCCCACGGUAAUCCCUGCCGUUCCGCGACUUUUGAAUAGACUCUACGAUAAAGAGAUGGCUGAAAUCACCCCCUACUUCUUUAAAAGAUUCCUCUUCAAUAUGGCAAUGAGCUCUAAAGAAAACGAACUCAAAAAAGGUAUAAUUCGAAGAAACAGCAUAUGGGACAGACUGGUGUUCAGAAAAGUGCAAGAAAACAUGGGCGGUAGACUGAGGCUUAUGCUUGUCGGGUCCGCUCCGCUGAAAGGCUCUGUUCUCACCUUUGCCCGAUGCGCUCUCGGUUGUAUAAUCGUAGAAGGUUACGGGCAGACAGAGUGCGUGGCGCCGAUCACAUUGACGGUGCAGGGUGACUGGACGCCGGAUCAUGUGGGGCCGCCCCUGGCGUGCUGCUGCGUGAAGCUGGCAGAUGUGCCAGAGAUGGAGUACUACGCGUCGAUGAACCAGGGCGAGGUUUGCGUCAAGGGUACCAACGUCUUCCUCGGCUACUUCAAGGAGACCGACCUCUACAACUCCAGCAUCGAUGAGCAUGGAUGGCACCACACGGGGGACAUCGGCAUGUGGCUCCCGAGCGGUACUUUGAAAAUUAUCGACAGGAAACGUCACAUAUUCAAAUUAGCGCAAGGAGAGUAUAUCGUUCCCGAUAAAAUAGAAAACGUCUAUAUACGCAGCCAAUACGUUCAUCAGGUUUUCGUGUACGGCGAAUCUCUCAAGUCUUGCAUCAUUGCAAUUGUCGUGCCAGAAGUUGACGUGGUCAAGUGCUGGGCUCUGGAGAAUAAAAUUGAUGGAACUCUAUCAGUAUUAUGUAAUCAUCCUGAAAUAAAGAAACUCAUCAUGGAUGACAUGAUAACUUGGGGCCGAGAGAAUGGCUUGAAGUCGUUUGAACUGGUGAAAGAUAUCUACCUCCACCCGGAUCCUUUCUCUGUGCAGAACGGACUCCUGACUCCAACGUUCAAGUUAAAGCGCCCACAACUUAGAUCUUAUUUCAAGCCCCAAAUCGAGGACAUGUACUCGAAACUAGUUUGAACACGGUCGUUCCCGAAAUCCUGAUGCUGCCUCCCACCGAAGAUUUCCUUUGUAAUUAAAUGUAAUUUAAAUCCCCCAAUCGUGACGUCACAUUUGUAAACAUAUAAUUCACAGCGUUGUAUUUUAUUUAUUCUCAUUUAAGUGCCUUAUGUGUUGCUUGUUUUUGCUGUUGACUAUAAACACCUAUUUUGGAA